AUGGGUAUCAAUAAGUUAUGGAAGAUGCUUGAGCCCAUUGCACAGAAAAAAUCACUGUUAGAAAUGUCCGUACAAGAAGGUGUUGUAAGCAGACGGCAUGGUACUGGAGUCUUAGUCAUUGGCAUUGAUGCAAGUCCAUGGUUUUACGCUACACAGGCGAUUUUUGCUGGGCAUGCUCAUGCUCAGGCAGGACAGAAUCCCGAACUACGCACCCUUUUCUUCCGUUUGGCAAUGCUUUCAUGA